GGAAGAACGCUCGUGUUCUGAGACCUUUCUUAAAAAAACACACAGCAAUUACUGCAACCCAUUGUAUAACAUAUCCAUUCCUUUCUCUCUCUCUCUCUCCCUCGGAUCCUCACUCUCGUUUCCUUCCUUCCUUCCUUCUUUCUUUCUUUCUCGCUCGAUCCGACGCCUAUUCUUUGCCUUCUUCUGUUUUACUAGAAUCCUACGGCUGAAAUAAAAAACAUAAGCACUGUUGCUGGCAACAAACAACUCAAUGACGGUGAAUUCAACAUCUGCACUUGUUGUCGAAUGGUCUCAUGCAGUGCAACAAGUCGACCUUUACCGGGUCCAACAGCUUCUCGACACGAAUCCUGAUCUGCUAUGGACACCGCUAACUUGGGAUCCCGAACGGGACGCAUCGCAUGUAAUCACCCAACUCGUUGUCGUUCAGAAUCUCGGCCCAUCGCUUGAGAAUCUAUGUGCCAUUCCGUAUACGCUUAUUCAGUAUUGUGAACCAAGCCCUGGAGAAGUUCCCUCGGUCGCUCAGGUACAAACUGAAGAUCUUUUGUACUUUUUAAUUGAUCAAUCAAGUAUCCAUGAUUUCAAUCGCUGCAUGUGGGGGAACUGCAAAAACACAACACUGCACCUCGUUAGUUUCCUCGGUCAUACACAAGUUGCACGACGCUUAGUUGUCGAUAAAGGUGUACCCAUGGACAUACCUAACGAUUUCGGUUGCAUUCCGCGCGAUGUGGCGCAAAUCGACACCAUGGUUCAUCUUUUGGGCGGAUCGAACCAUCAGCAACAACAACAGCGUGAUGAAAAAAAACAGCAGCGACAUAUGUUAAACGACGAAAAGGCGAAACCAAAAUAUGCUUCAGCCGAUCGUUUUAAACAGCUCAAGGAGUUGGCUGAAACAAGUGCAAGCAAGAAAAAUGCAAACAAUUCGACGCGUCAAGCCGAAGGUCGGUACUUCCGUGCAGGCCAUGUUGCUGAGAGCAAAAAGAAAGUAUUGAACGACGAGGAGGCCGAAUUGGAAAAGCAGCGUGCUCGAAGGAGGGCAGAAGUAGCACAAUUAGCGAAACGAUCCGCAGUCAAGAGCAAUCCUUUGUUUCGAAAAUUCGAGCAACAGCAAGGCGUCAGCAAACCCCGUCGAGCAUUUGUUGUCAAGGACCAACAGCAACAGCAGCAAAGCGGCGGCGGGAACAAUGGCGCUGAUUCCUCGGCAACUACUAUAACUAGUAGUACCGACACAGUUACAGCAGAACAAAGCCCCGCCGCUGAUAUGCAGAGACAGCCAUCACAGGAUGCUGAUUCAACGGUGGCUUUGGAAGAAGAAUUCGAAGAAGGAGACGAAACAUCAGCGAGGCCGAAACGAAACUCCAAAGUGAUUUCUUCUUUAAGGAACAAGACGUAUGUUUCCGCAAGUGUGUUUCGACAAGGCGAUGAUACGUCACCGGGAGCUCGGAUCAAACCAUCACCGUCCGUAUCAUCCUGCUCCAUGGGAAGAGCGAGCAGCAGCGAUAUGAGUACAGAUGUUGAUAUUAAAAUCAAAGAAACCAAGGAUACCAUCGUGAUCCCAGAACCAGUCUCGCCGGUACAAGAUCGUCGAUCACUGACUAUCAAUGAAAUACAGGUCACACAAGAACUGGAAGCAGAAAACUCGGAUCGACGGCGACUUAGUGGCAGCCAGAAGGCCCAUUGGUCUAUCGCCUUGAACUCCUGGUCCUCAGUAUUGGAUGGUACGAUUGAACGGAAUGAGCCAGCAGCUUCUGAGACUUCCUUUGGCUCUGAUUAUCAUGAUAGCGACGAUGGCGAUGAAUGGUUUGAUAGUCAAGAAGACCAUAUCCAACAUGUCCGAACCAAAAAAUCCAAAGCAAGUAUAAAAUCAACCGCAUCUGUUACCAAAGCAACCAACAACGCGUCUGUCCAGAUGCCAAAAGCAUAUUAUAUCGGCAGUCUUCCCGACUUACCGUCAGAAUCAACAGACGAUCAGCUUGUAACAACUGACGCUAAUCGUCAACAAGAACAAGAACAACAACAAAGAUCUGCCUCUCCUCCGGCAGCAUCGGCAGUAAAACACCACGACGAUGUUGGCAGCACAGCAGUGCGAAUUAUAUCACGAAGCCGAACUAAUACCGACGCAUCAUCUUCACCAAGCGUGCUGACUGACAACAGCAGCACUAGCACUAGCACCAGCAGUUCCUCAUCAUCCUCUUCACCAUCUACCGUUUCCCCUUCAUCACCUGUCAUCAUGCCACCACUCGCCGUUAUUCCAGAAAAGAAUAGUAAAAAUGACAAUUCGCUAUUGUUUGACAACAACACCAGUGACGAUGGUAACGAUCAUAGCAAUGAUUUCAAGCCGAACUACGGCAGCGUUUCUGUUCGCUCCACCUCACGAUACGUCCGACGCCUGUCGCAAGCACAAAAUGCAUAUCUUAAGCAACAGCAACAGCAACAACAAUUAGACCGGGAACGUAAAGAUAGUGAAACAGUCACUUCCUUGCUACAUCAUAACAGCAGCUCACAACAGUUCAAGAUUAAACGUGUACCUGUCAAACUUUCUCCAUCACAGCAGCAACAACAACAACAACAACAGAAACAACAAGAGCGACAACCACCGCCAACAGGAAGUAUAAGCGCCGUUAAAAAAUUCCCGAGUCUUCAAGACUUACAAUCCUCCUUACCAGUACACAUAAUGCAACGACAGCCUUCCUCUCGAUACGGAAAGCUUUACUUUCGCGUUAGCAGUAUUAGCAACGUUCUGCUACCUUUACCACGCGAACCUACCUAUGUGCGCUGUGUUGUGAGCGAUGAUCGUUACGAGUACAUGUCGCGAUACGAAGUGCUGGGCCAAUAUGUCAAAUUUGAUUAUGAAUGCAUUAUGGAUACAUACCCAGAUAUGAUCAUCACUAUAUCACUCCAUAUCAGGCCCGAUUAUCAUGUCCGUAACAAGAUUCCGAUCACUCGUCUAUUUUCUACCUCGCGCAACCGUGGUAGAAAGGGUUCUUUGUCAGGCUAUAUUUUCCAAGAAGAUGGAUCCAUUGGUCGUGCUCGCUUUGCCUUGCCUCAUAUGAUCGAUAGCUGCUACGAACGUCCUUACGCUACCCAAUUCGAUUGUUUCAAUGCAUGGUCUGCUCGGUAUCAUCAUCACCAUCAUCAUCACCAUAAGUCACAAAAAAACCGUGGCAGAGAAGAUGAUCUUGAAGGGCUUAAAGUGAUUGGUAAUUUGGAGGUGGAAAUGUUGUACUUGCCAGUAUCGGAUCCAUCAGCGGUUGUUCCACGGAAUCUGCGGGAUUGUGAUAUGGCGAUCAAAGUGCAACAAUGGAACGAGACAUUCUGGAACACGGAGCAAUUAUCCAACACGACCAUCUCGGCAUCUUCCCCUACCUCUCCAUCUACUGCUACUAGCAACUCACAGCACUUCAAUUCUUCAAUUCUGAGAAGCUAGAAAAAAUCCCAAACCCACAUCCACACCCACAUAUAUCGUUCUACUCCAUAUUCUAUUUUCAAUUUAGUAUUCUCUCCAUUUCCUGCAAUCUUUGUUACGAUAACGGUACUCAUGGCUCCAGCCCGUACUUCCACUAGCUCCAUCAUCCUUCUCUUUUUUGUAAACCUUCCAUCUUUUCUCUUAGUAUAUACGCUUCAUUCUCUUCCAUUCAUAUUCCCACCCGCCAUAAUCUUGACAUGUCAUUAUAUCUUCUUUGCAUAACAACGAUCAGAUAGUUUGCGCUCUGAUCCAGUGUAUUUAUCAAUAGUUUGCGAUGGCUGUAUUUGUUGCUAACAGCUUGAACCUUGAUCAUGAGUAUUUGAGCUUGAAUAGAUCAUUUCAUUACAAGUUCGUCGUCUAGCGAACUCAAUGAUUGGGUUUGAAAGAGUUUGUAUCUACAUAUCAUAGC